AUGGAAAAACAAGUACAAGACCUCGCUCUCGAAGAGAAAAAGGAAGUCGCGAAGGACGUUAUCCUUGGAGAAGAUGGACAGCCAUUGUCAAAAAAAGCCCUGAAAAAGUUAGAGAAGGAGCGUGAAAAGGAGCAAAAGAGAAUUGAAAGAGAAGCUCGCGAGAAUGAAGAAAAGUCUAAGCGCGAAGCUUCUGAAGUCGAUUAUUCUGAAGGACGCUAUGGUGUUUUACCAUUAAACCGUUCCACUUCCCGUGGAAAUCGUGUCUAUACGGACAUCAAAGAUAUUUCUGCUGCCAAGGAUGGCCAAAAGGUUUCGGUCCGUGCCAGAGUAUACACUUCACGUCUUCAAGGCAACAAAAUGUGCUUUUUUUCUUUGCGCCAACAAUACAACACUAUUCAAGCUUUGGUAGUUGUCAAUAAGGACACUAUUAGCAAGCCCAUGGUCAAAUGGUGCGGCAGCAUCGGAUUAGAGUCUAUCGUCGCAAUAGAAGGUACCGUUCAAAAGAGUCCUGAAGUUAUCAAGAGUGCUACCGUUCAAGAUGCUGAAAUCCAUGUUUCCAAUGUUUAUGUCGUUUCUCCCGUCAAGAAGCACCUUCCUUUCCUUGUCGAAGAUGCCGAUCGCUCAGAAGAACAAAUUCGUGAAUCCGAAGAAAACGCCAAAGAAGGUGACUCCAAGUUUGUUCGAGUUUUACUUGACACUCGUCUCGACAACCGUGUCUUAGACCUUAGAAGUCCUACCAACCAAGCCAUCUUCGACAUCCAAUCUGGUAUCUGUGAUGCUUUCCGUGAGUAUUUGUUAGCCAACUCUUUUAACGAAAUUCAUACCCCUAAAAUGACUGGUGCCUCUAGUGAGGGUGGUGCAAAUGUAUUCAAAAUUUCUUACUUCAAGGGUGCAGGUUACCUUUCCCAAUCUCCUCAACUUUACAAGCAAAUGCUUAUCUCCGCUGACCGUGAGCGUGUUUUCGAGGUCGGUCCUGUGUUCCGUGCUGAAGAAUCCAACACUUAUCGUCACAUGACUGAAUUCACUGGUCUUGAUCUUGAAAUGGCUUUUUACGAGCACUAUCACGAAGUUGUGGAAUUUUUGGAAAACCUCUUCUUGCAUAUUUUCAAGACACUCAAGGAGAAGUAUAACCGUCAAAUUGCUUUGGUCCGCAACGUGUAUUCUUCGGAAGACUUUGUCCUCCCUGUUGGUUCUGAACGUGUUCGUUUCCAUUUCAAGGAAGCUGUUCAACUCCUUCGUGAAGCUGGUUAUCGUAAGCAGCUCACUCCUGGCCAAGAACCUCCUAAAAAUGAGGAAUUCCGUUAUAGUGAGGAUCCUGAGUUUGAUGACUUCAGCACUCCCGAGGAACGUGUUUUGGGAGGAAUUGUCCGUGAAAAGUAUAACACCGACUUUUAUGUCAUUGACAAGUACCCUAGUAGUGUUCGUCCAUUCUAUACCAUGCCUGAUCCUGAAGACCCUCGUUAUUCUAAUAGUUAUGACUUUUUCAUGAAGGGUCAAGAAAUCAUGUCUGGUGCCCAGCGUAUCCAUGAUCCCGAGUUGCUGACUGAGAGAAUGAGAGCUCUUGGUAUCGCUCCUGAUGUCGGUCUUCAAGCUUAUAUUGAUUCCUUCGCUUUAGGAUGUCCUCCUCAUGCUGGUGGUGGUAUCGGUUUAGAACGCGUUUUGAUGUUCUUCCUUAAUCUUCCCAACAUUCGUUUGGCAAGUGCUUUCCCUCGCGAUCCCAAGCGCCUCCUUCCUUAA